CCUAAACCGCCUUUCUUCCCAUACAAACAUGUCUCUAGCGGAUACUUCUGAGGCACGCAAGGCCCGCUUGAUCGCACUUCGCAAGCGUAAGGCAGGAGAAGCCGUAGAGGGGGCUGGUGAAGGUGACGAGCCUGUCAUCAAACACCGCACCUUUGAUCCUGAGACAAGGACGCUGAAGAAACGCACAAAUGACGACGACGUCCAAAUGGAGGAUACUGUGGAACACCGCGUCGACGGCUUGGCCGAGAAAAUCAUCGCGGAGGACGCGGAGAGGAGGGCGCAGGACUUAGACCUGUUCAACAUUGCGCCAAAACGUCCAAACUGGGACCUAAAGCGCGAGCUGGAUAGGAAACUUGCCAAGCUCGAGCGCAAGACACAGGAGUCAAUACAUACCCUUAUCCGCCAACGACUAGCGGCCCAGAAAGGCCAGUCCGACGACAUCGUUGGCGCGAUGAACGCGCAGGAACGCGCCGGACAAAACGACGACUCGUCCGAUGAGGACUGAUGUUGCGCGAUGGUGCUAUCUACUGCUAUACUCUCUCUCCCACGUGUUCACAAUGUAUGAUGCGUUUACGUGUACCUGUAUCCUUAUUCUAACAGUGGCGCGGUGCC